AUGGCCGCCGAGACCAUGGCCGCAGAACUUCUCGCCAGAGCUGGCCCUGGUGCGAAGGAUCCUGCCGUUGAGGCUGCCGCCAGGGCCCUCAACAACGCCUACUCCAACUACCUCUUCAUCAUGUGCGGUGCUAUUGGUGGUGCCAUCCUGCUCUGGAAGCUCUGCGAUAGCAUCAUCAAGUACACCCGUCACAUUGUCUGCCUUAAUAACGACCGCCAACGCUACUUUGCCAUUGCUUCUCCUUGGAAUGCAUCUAUCAAACGCCACAUUCUCUACGCUCCGCUCUUUAGCAAGAGACAUAACCGUGAAAUCCAGAUUAGCUCAGCAAUCAACGUCGGCACUCUGCCUACCCGGUUUCAACUCCUUUUCCUCGUCGCCUACUUUGCCACGAACAUUGCAUUCUGUCUGGUUGGGGUUCCCUUUAACGAAACCGCAUCUGAGGCAUUGGAUGUUUUGAGGAAGCGGUCGGGUUGGCUGAGCACCCUCAACAUGAUUCCACUGUUUGUUUUCGCUGGUCGAAACAACCCGCUCAUUCCUCUCUUGAACAUUUCAUUCGACACAUACAACCUUCUGCACCGCUGGUUCGGCCGGAUUGUUGUCAUCGAAGCUGUGAUCCACACAAUUGCUCACAUAGCCAAAACCAACUGGGCAUGGAACAUGGUAUUCGCCAAGCCCUUCUACGGCUGGGGUGCUGUGGCUACAAUUGCAUUUCUCGUGCUUCUCAUUCAAUCAUGGAGUCCCAUCCGCCAUGCCUUCUACGAGACUUUCAAAAUCAUCCACAUCCUUGCUGCCGCCGCAUCCAUCGUUGGACUUUAUAUGCACCUGGCAUCUGGAGCCCGAGACGGUUUCUUGAGCUACUGCUGGAUUCUCAUCGCACUCUGGGUUGCCGAUAGAGGCGCACGCAUCCUCCGUAUCGUAUACAUCAACAUCGGCCGUUCACGCUCUCGCACCGUCAUCGAAGCCCUCCCUGGUAACGCCAUCCGCGUGACCAUGACUUUGGCACGCCCAUUCCGUGGCAGGCCUGGGCAACACGGCUACCUCUACAUGCCUGGAGUCAGCCUGUGGCAGUCCCAUCCCUUCUCCAUCUCCUGGUUCGAGAGUACGGAUGAUGUCUCAUCUGAUAAACUGGUCAGCAACCACCAGGAGCGAAGAGCGAUGCAGAAGAUGCAAAUUGGUUUCAUUAUCCGAGCAAGAACUGGCUACACGGAUAACUUGUACAAACGGGUAGCUGCCAGCCCGGCAGGAAAAAUGGAAACCACAUGCUUUUUCGAAGGCCCAUAUGGCGUGAAGCAUCCCCUCGACUCAUACGGCACAGUGGUACUCUUUGCCGGAGGUGUCGGAGUUACUCAUCAAGUUCCAUAUGUCAAGGAUCUGGUUGCUGGGUAUGCCAAUGGAACUGUUGCUACCCGGAGAAUCUUGCUGGUCUGGACCAUCCAAAGCCCAGAGCAUCUUGAGUGGAUCCGUCCUUGGAUGACUGAGGUCUUGGGUAUGGAUAAGAGAAGAGAUGUGCUUCGGAUUAUGCUCUUCGUCAGUAAGCCCCGGUCUAUCAAGGAGAUCCACAGCCCCUCGUCGACAGUUCAAAUGUUCCCAGGUCGUCCGAAUAUCGAUACUCUCAUGCAGAUGGAACAGGAGCAGCAGGUCGGUGCUAUGGCAGUCACCGUUUGUGGACCAGGUACCCUCAGCGACGAGGUUCGCCGAGUUGUUAGGGACCGACAACAUCACACUUCAAUCGACUUCGUUGAGGAAGCUUUCAGCUGGUAA